ACUUUUAUUUUGAAAACAGCGGCCAUGUUUUCACUCUCGGUUGAGUUUACUGUAGCAUAUACUGAUCACUUGUACUUUACACUUGUUGGAAGCAUAGACUGUGUUUGGAACAUGGCUUUCCAGUGUCAGAGGGACUGUUAUAUGCAGGAGUUCGACACGUGUGUCGUGUCUUGUGUGCCUGGAGAAUCAACCCUCGAGAAUAAUGGAAAGAAAGACAAGCUGAAGGGCUUUAAUCUGAAACUGAAAGACACGAUUCUGUUUCCAGAGGGCGGAGGACAGCCUGAUGAUCACGGGACGGUUGGAGGUGUCCCUGUCCUGCGGGUGUUGAGACAGGGUCCCGAGGCGGUGCAUUUCAUCAGCUCUGCUCUGGAGGAGGGUCAGGAGGUGCACAUCAAGCUGGACUGGGAGCGACGCUUUGACCACAUGCAGCAGCAUUCGGGUCAACACUUGAUCACAGCUUUGGCUGAUGCAAUGUUUGGAUACAAAACUACCUCUUGGGAUUUGGGACGUCAGCGUAGCAGCAUAGAGCUGGACACAGCCGCGGUGAAGCCUGGAGAGAUGGAGGCUUUGGAGGCGGCUGUGAAUGAGAAGAUUCGUGCACACAUUCCAGUCACUGUCAAUCUCCUGUCCAUUGAUGAUCCUGCUGUGGAGAAGGUGAGAAGCCGAGGUCUUCCUGACGACCACGCUGGGCCCAUCAGGAUCAUUGACAUCGAGGGCGUAGAUGCCAACAUGUGCUGCGGGACUCAUGUGUCCAACCUCAGUCACCUUCAGGUUAUAAAGAUUUUGGGGACCGAAAAAGGGAAGAAGAAUAAAACCAACCUGAUUUUCAUAGCUGGCAGCAGAGUGCUGAAAUAUGCUGAAAAGAGUUACGGCAUUGAAAAAUCACUGACCGGCCUUCUCAAGACAGGAGCAGAUGAGCACGUUGAUGCUGUGGACAAGCUACAGAAGACGAUCAAACGUCUUCAGAAGAGUAAUCUAAUUAUCCUGAGGGAAAUGGCUGUUCUGAUAGCGCUGAACUUCAAAAACAAAGCGGACAGAGGAAACUUCUUCAGCUUGCACAAUAAAGACGGUGAUAAUGAGUUCAUGAACAUCAUCGCCAAUGAAAUUGGAUUUCAGGACACCGUGAUCUUUCUGACCGUGGGUGAGGAGAAGGGUGCAGGACUGUUCCUGCUCGCCGGGCCUGAGAAUAUUGUCACUGAAGUGGGACCGCGGUAA